UGACAAGGGAUCGAUAGUUGUCAAAGGUUGUCAUUCCGUGAUUUAAAUCAUCAGUGAAACCAGACGGUUGUUUUGUGACCCGACUAGAGAGGAAAGCACUGGAAUCGUUCAGUAAGCAUGGAACCGGAAGAGAGCGAAAUACAUACAAAACCAGGAACAACACGUAGUGAAAAGACCACCGCUAUCGACUACGAUGAAGAUAGACUGCACGAGAUGACAGCAUCUUACUCCGAAAUAUCAUUCGACUCGCAAUCGUCACCGCCGAUUUCGGAGCUACGAUCGCUUAUCGAUUCACCGGAUAUCGACGGUACGAAAUUUCUGGAGGACAGCUUGGAGAAGAUGAACGCAGUUGGCGGCAGGCCCGAUCAAUUAAAUUUACAAAACAGAGGAGAUAGUCCGGUCGAAGAUGAGGACAUCGAUCCUCCGAGUUAUCACAAAGCUAUCGGUUAUUUGCAACUCGAGGGAACCGUGAUGCAAGACGGGGACAUGGUGUUAUUCGUCGCUGAAGAUCUAGAGAACAAAAUUAAACUUUCGAGUCCGGUGACAAAGAAAGGGGAGACCCCGUCUUUCCCUGGUUCCCGUAGCUCCACUCCUUGCCUGUACAGACAGGCCCUGACGCCUCAGCUGCCACUUCUCGAUCAUAACAUAUUGAACGAGUUGGAAAUGGAGGCGAGGAAAGUCGCAACGUCCGUUGAUGCAUUGACGGAGAAUUUGGCCGCGAUUUUGCACAGUGCGUCCGCGUUGACAGUCGGAUGUUUGGAGACGUACAGGGACGCGGUAUGUAAAACGUGCGACGCAGUGGAUCACAACAUUAAGUCGAUGUAUCAAUUAAUGGCUAAAUGCGAGGAGUUAUCGAAAUCGAUGGGACCAGUGUACAAGCUGGCUGAUCAAAUGCGAUAAAGAAAUGAAGAGGAUGCUGGACCUGUUCGAAAGUGCCAUGAAUCUAUGAAUUGUCCACCAG